AUGAGUCCUCCUCGUGUCUCUCUCUCUCCUAGCAAUCUCUCGGCGACUCUGAUCUGCGACGUUCUCGUCAACGCAUCCGUCAUCUGUUCUCCUAAUCUCUCGUCGAAGAUAAGCUCUCCUCGACGGCUCACAUCGAUGAAGAAAGACUUCGCCUCUGUCUCCGAAAUUCAAAAGGAAAGUCAACAAAGUGUUUCACCCUCUUCAUCGCAAGUCCCCUUAUUUGCUGAAGACACUGGAGGCAGUGGCAAAGUAAGAAGAACCUGGACGCCAACAGACGAUGUUGUUCUCAUCAGCUCGUCGCUUGCGUUCUGGAAAAGAAUUGCUGCAUACUACAAUGCUAGUCCUAAGCUUGCUGGCUGUGAAAAAAGAGAGGCGUCUCACUGUAAGAAUCGUUGGCAGAAGAUCAAUGACGUCGUCUGCAAGUUUUGCGGUGCAUAUGAAGCAGCAACCAGACAGAAAACCAGUGGACAAAAUGAUAAUGAUAAAUGGUGUGAGCUGUCAACAGCCAAAAAAGAUGGAAGCUACAGAAAGAGGAAGUGUGAUGGUGGGGAUGAUGAUGAAGCCAAUGCUGGUGAUGAUGAUGAAGCUACAAAUCGACCCCCGGGAGUCAAGGCAGCAAAGGCCGGUUCUGGAAAAGGCAGCAAAUGUCCUGAAGCCAAUGCUGGAAAAGGUCUGUCCCAGUUUCAGACAAUGUGGACCAUCAAAAAGGAAGACUUGGUUUUGAAAGAAAAACUGGGAAAAAUCAAGCUUCUCAACACUCUCCUUGCUAGAGAAGGACCACUUGCGGCUUCUGAAGAAACUUUGAAGGAGCAACUCAUAACUGAGUUGAGGCCAUGA